GUGAGCUUCCCGGCCGUUGUAAUUGUCAAGCAGAAUUGGUAAUCUUCCUGACCGGCAUACUCGUUUGAAGCUCAUAAAAAGACUGUCGUUCAGAAGUCUGGAAGUGAAGAACGAUUCAUCCCUUCUGACCUUUCACAGCUCCUUUCACAACACCAAGUAUGGCGUUCGAUACUCCCAGACGAAUUCAAGUCAAAUACGAUGAGGCGGCGGUGAAGAACAUGAUAUCUCUUCUGCAAGCAGCGCCAUUUCCGGACAGGGCACCCAUCGACGCGAGUACACCAUGGGAAUUCGGUAUUGAAUUUGACUACUUGAAGAAACUGAAGCACAUGUUCGAGGCGGAGUGGAGCUGGAAAGCGUUUGAGGAAAAGAUUGCAAAAUUUGACCACUACUUGGUUCACUUUGAGAAUGACGGAGACGUAUUGGAUCUACAUUACGUUCAUGUCAAGAGUCCUCGAAGUGAUGCAAUUCCUCUGAUUCUACUUCAUGGCUGGCCCGGCACUUUCUUUGAUUUUCAUAAAGUUAUUGAGCCUUUGACCAACCCACCAAGCUCCGAUUUGCAAGCGUUUCAUGUUGUGGUCCCAUCAAUUCCUGGAUACUUCUUGUCUACAUUGCCGAGAAGAGACGGCUGGAGUGCAACUGACACCGCACGAAUUUACAACGGACUCAUGACAUCUGUGCUUGGUUAUUCUAAGUAUGUUGCUCAAGGCGGUGAUUGGGGCUCGUUAAUAUUGCUCAACCUGGAAGGGUUGUUCCCCGAUUCAGUUGUCCUCGCGCACUUCAACUUUUUAUUUCUGUCUGCUUCCCCUGACACAGAUCAGUCAAAGUAUACAGACUUGGAAAAGCGGUUACUAAAGAGAAGAAGCGAGUUCCUUACUUCCGGGUCUGGAUAUUUUCAGAUACAGAGCACGAAGCCAUUCACCAUUGGAAUAUCAAUCGCUUCAUCACCGCUUGCUGUAUUAGCUUAUAUUGGCGAGAAGAUCUACAGUUGGUCAGACCCGAAACUCGUUGAUCCAUAUGACAUUCUAAAUACGGUUGCUCUUUACUACUUGAGCGGGUCAUUCGCUACAUCGGUAGUGAUCUACAAUCAGGCUAGGAAGGGAACACCUGGUUGGAGAUCACAAGGCUCUGGAGGAAAAGUCCUGUUAAAGAACAAAUUUGGCUAUUCUGUCUUCCCAUACGAACUGGUUGUUGUUCCCAAACCUGAGCUUGAACAAUUUGGACCGCUAGUAUUCCACAGAGAGCAUUCCAAUGGCGGGCAUUUCCCUGCCCUUGACAUCCCAAAUGAGUAUGUCGGAGAUUUGCGUGAAUUCUUCGGGAAGUACUGGGGUACUCCGUGAACAAGCUACAGCCAGAAAAUAAUGACGAUCAAUGAAGGUCAGGCAUGUCUAAUGACAAGUAGUACGUUGUACAAUAUCAUGAUAAAACUCAUAUCCAGCAGUUUUCUUCGAUUCAUGAUGUGAUCCGUUAUCGCUUUCAUCGUCCCCUACCAGUAACCGGACUAUCCAUCUUCUAGUUCAAGUAUGCACACGUCCAGGCUAUUGCGAU